AUGCCUAAAGACGACGACUUCAGCGACAUUCCGCACGAGCGCAACGAACCGCGCCCGGACUUCAGCAAGCAGCCGGUACCGCGCAAGAAGCUGCCGCCUUCGAUCCAAGCUACACUCGACGACGAAGAGAAGCUGUGGGAAGCAUUGUACGAGGGCCACACUCGGGAAUCCACGGACUCCAACAUCCGUUAUGCUGCCUACGCAUCACGAGUGCGCACAAUACUCCUCUCUGCGCACCGCUAUGUAGCCUACACUUCAGAUAUCGGCGAGUCGUUCCGCCCUGUUGCGCACCCGUACCUCGUCACAGCCGCGUACGGCGUCUCGUGGGCAUACUUGGCUGGCGAUGUAGCGCACGAAGGCUACAAGGCGUACCUGCGCAACCAGCGCACGCUGUGGGGUGAAGACUACGAAAAGCCCGUUGUCAGCUCGGACAAACUCGCCGCUCCGCAGCCCGAAGAGACAAAACUGGGUCCGGGUAUCGUCGGUGGCGAGCAGAAGCAACCGGUUGGCAAGGUGCCCUUACUCGAGGACUACAGGACCGUUAUGGCACAAAGGGCCGUGUUCCAGGGCCUCGCGAGUAUGGGCUUGCCGGCGCUCACAAUUCAUAGCACCGUCAAGUAUUCGGGCAAGGCGCUGAAGAACCAUAAGAAUCCGAAGAUUCGAACUUGGGGUCCGAUAGGCCUUGGUCUGUCUAUCGUGCCUUUCUUACCCUAUAUAUUUGACGAGCCGGUUGAGAAGGCAGUGGAGUGGACAUUCCAUAAGACGUUGGAGACCCUGUAUGGUCAUGACGCAGUGAAUGGAAUUCCUGCAACGGGCCAAAAGGAGCUGCGCCAUGCUCAGUCGAAGCUUGGUUCGAAGAAGGAAAAAGAAUUGUAG